AUGUGUGUGCUGUGGCUUGUCUGUGCGUGUGUGGGAUUUCGAAUGUUUUGUUGCGAGUGUGUUGAGAGAUCCCGAGUUAGCUCUGGUGAGGUUGGGGCUGCUCCGAGGGGUAGAAUGGGUUUUGCAGCAACAAGGCCGUCUGUUUUGUCUGUUUUUACCCAUGUAACUGCUGCCUACUCUUGUGCUGCUGUCCGGGUUCAAUUUGGAUUCGUCUGCAUAUCCAAUUUCCAUGGCCUAGUCUCCGUCCGCCAUCUGCGACGACGUCUCGUCCAUCCCCACGGACUGCACUCCGAAUCUCCGGUAGCCCACCGCUCGCAAUGCGUCAUCCGGAGACGGCGAGCCUCACAUCAAUUCGGCCUAAACCCAUUUCUCGUGGCUUCUAGAACAGAAAGCUUCAAUGGAUCAUCAAAUUUAGUAAGGUAG